AUGAUUGAGGCAUAUAGCAUUUGGAACCUUCACGGGGAACAAUUAGACCAUGCUUCGUCUUCAAAUGCCAUGAGGGUGGACAAUGUUGAACCUAUUGUGGAUCCUAAUGAUCAAGUCAUGGAUAUUAUACAUAAUGUUUUUCCAUUUGCAUCGACCAACAUCAAUCAAGAAGGGGAAGAUGACGUGCCUACCAAUAGACAGUGCGGAGUUUGA